GGCUGGAGACCAGCCUCUCCUCUCCUCUCCUCGCCCCCUCCCCUCUCCUUCCCUGAUGCGUCGGGACCCCCUUAAUAUUUCCAGAAGUUCCCCCCCCCCAACUCCUUCUGGCAUCGGAGGCUCAUUGGUUGCGGGCGGCGGCGCUGGAGAUGGUGGGCUUGGAAGGACCCGCGACGGCGCCAAGUUCUCGUCCAGCCUCGCCGGGCUUCUGCGGGGCUCUUUGCCGGGGGUGAUCGCGGCGCGGCCGAGGCAGGGCGACGCUCCUCUACCGGCCGCCAUGUGCGACCGCAGCCUCUGCCGGCCGAGCUACGUGGGCUCCCUGUUGAACCUGCCCUCCACCACCGACUCCUUCUACUUCCCCAACCUGCGGGCCAACGGGAGCCACCAGCUGGCGGCUUCAUUGCCGGCCCUCGCCUACCCCAGGAACUCCCUCGCCUGGAGCCCCCCGGCCGGCCACGCGUUCGCCACCCCCUCGCCGCCUCCGCCUUACCUCGCGGCUGCGGGAAACUUGCCCUUCGCCCUCAACCCCGGCAAAGAGGCCUCGGAGGGCCACCACAAGCCCGGCGGCGACCCCCACUGCGCCUCCAAGCAGGAGGAGAGGAGUAAUAGGCACAGCCGGGAGGGCGCGGCCAGCCAACCCGGCGGGAUGCUGCUGGCUGCAGCCAAAGGGCUCAAGUACGAGGCCAGGGGGUUGCCCGGCCCCCCGGCCGCCCUGCUGGACGCGGACUGUGGCGCCUCUGGCUUGAAGGAGGACCUCAAACAGGCCGUCAACUUGAACGUGACUCUGCAGCCCCCGGCGGCGGCUCAGCUCAACCACAGAGCCUCCUUGCAGGACGGUCUGCCCUGGGGCCCCAUCCAUGCGCGGUCGCGGAAGAAGCGCAAACCCUACACCAAGCAGCAGAUCGCCGAGCUGGAGAGCGAGUUCCUCCUCAGCGAGUUCAUCAACAGGCAGAAGAGGAAAGAGCUGUCCGGCCGCCUCCACCUGAGCGACCAGCAAGUCAAGAUCUGGUUCCAGAACCGGCGGAUGAAGAAGAAGCGGGCGGCCAUGCGCGAGCAGCACCCCCUGGCCCUCUACUAGGCGCGCCACCGCCGCCACCGCAGGGCCUCGUGCUACGCAGCAGCGCGGACUCACC